AUGGACCUCCUCUCUGUCUCUUCCUCCCCUCCUCUUUCCUCUUCCUCCGGCCCUGGCGCCCCUCCCACCCUUGCCUCCUCCUCCUCCUCCUCCACCCUCUCCUCCUCUGGGGCUGUUUCGUCAUCCAAAGACAAGAGGAAACGGCUGGGAUCUUUGCUGGAAGCCCUAAGGUUUCAAGAAGUCCAGCACCUGCACCGCCUGCUCUCCCUCCCAGAGCCUUUCUCCGGCGGCUACUACGUCUCCAAAGCCUGGCUCUCCAACCACCGUCGGUGCGCCUGCCCCCCCCUCUUUCCGUCUCCCUUCUCUGCCAACACGUCCCUCUCCUUCCUUCCCUCUCUUCUUUUCAAGCCUUACCCUUGUCCUCCUUCGUUUCUGCCUCCUCCCCUCCCCCCCUCCCCCUAA